AAAAAAAAAAUUGGAAGAAAAUGUCGAAGAUAUUACAGGAGAAGUCGAACCAGACGAUGAUAUUAAUCAAGAUAUUGACUAUGUUUCACUUUUUGCUAAAGAAAAAAAAAGAGGUGGAGGUAUACCAAAGCGCGGUAGCAAAGAUUUCGAACCGGAUGGAUCAGAGAAUCAACAUGACGCGCUUACGAGCUCGUUAAACGCUUUGGAAAAAGCACUAAGCGAAGAACGAAAUGUAUCCAGUCGACAAUUAUGUAAAGCAAUAUGGCAUGGGGCUCCAAUAUCGAAGGCAAUGAUUACUGUUAAUAAAGGAUCUCACUUUCAUAAUAUGGGACACGCGAUAAAAGGAGAAAUGUGGUUAUAUCCUGAAGAAUGUUUGUUUAUGAUGGAUAGAUGUUCGUUGAGUAUGCAAUAUUGUGAUGUGGAUAUGUCUUUACAGCAAGCAUAUUGUGAGAUAAUAGGUGGAUGGUUAACGUUAGAGAAGUAUCAAGUUUAUGCGCAUUUGAAAAGGAUUGGAUUUACCGUAUUGAGAGCACAGCAGUCAUAUUCAAAUAUUACUUAUACUUCCUCACAAUCGCAAUCGUCAGCGCAAUCUCCAUCACACACAGAUUUCUUAUCUCAUCAACUACAACCACAACCAUUACAACUUCCAUGGUUUUUAAAUAGAAUAAAUUCAUUCAUCAUUUCUCCAUUCAUAUAUAUAACGAAUUUAUUUAAGUCAUCUUCGAUGCUACCUUCUAACAAGUCUACUCAUAAUAAAGAAAGUAAAUCGUUAGUUGAAUCUGGUGAAUGUAUAACGUAUGAACAAGUAUACAAGAAGUUACAAAUAGUUGAAUCAUCUUCAAUAACACAUUAUCAUAAUAUUUCCACUGAAAAUGAAGAUUAUAAUAUCGACUUUUUGGUAUAUAAAGAAUCUGCACCUGGUAAAUUUAAAAAAAAGAAUCCCGGAUCACCUUUAUUUCAUGUUGUAGUAGCCAGUGCUGAAACACAAAAACCUCCAUCAAUAUCGACGCUCUAUAAUUUAUUCACCUCUUCUUCCUCUCCUUCUCAAACUACAUCUUCACCUAUAAAAAGUAUUUUAUUUGCAAUUGUAGAUGGAUCAAAUAUUUCGUUUUUAGAAUAUAAUGAUGUAAUGUUUGAAAACAUUCAUGUAAAUUUAAUUAGUGAUAAUGUUUAGCCAAGCAGAAAUGCAAAUAUUCCAAUGAUAAGUGAUAUUACAAGUUUGUUUCAAGUGCUACUACUGAAAUUAAAUAUAAUUUGUAUCUAACAUAAUCUUCUAUGCCAGUUUGGUAAUAGGUUUAAGGUAUUUGUAUGUAAUAUUAAUAACUUCAAAUAACAAAGUUAGAACUCCUUUUGGUAAAAAUAAAACUAUAGCUAAGAAAGAGUAGAUAAUAAUAAGAUUUUUGAAUAAUCUUUCUGUAAUUCUAUUAAUCCUAGCACUGCCUGGUUUUUUACAAUUUAUCCCUCAAACAUCUAAUAUAUAGGUUGAUGCCAAAAUCACCCUUUUUUACUAAAACACAAAAAAUUGUUUUUUGCAAAUAUUUUG